AACGUCUGUUUUUGAGGAAGUGUUAAAGAAAGCUUUACUGUGAAACCAGGGUGAACCGGAAGUUGCCUGUUAGCCUACUGUUGCUAACUCUACACGGUUAGUUUGUGUGUGUGUGAGAGAGUGUGUGUUCAGGUGUGAAGAUGUUACCUUUAUCUGUCAAAGACGACGAGUACAAACCCGCCAAGUUCAACCUGUUGCUGAAGCUGUCAGGAUGGUUCAGGUCGAUCCUAGCGGAUAAAACCUCCCGGAACCUGUUCUUCUUCCUCUGCCUCAACCUCUCCUUCGCCUUUGUGGAGCUAUCAUAUGGCAUCUGGAGUAACAGUUUAGGUCUGAUCUCGGACUCCUUCCACAUGUUCUUUGACUGCACCGCCCUGCUGGCAGGUCUGGCAGCCUCUGUCAUCUCCAGGUGGAGGUCCAAUGACAGCUUUUCCUAUGGUUACGUCAGAGCAGAGGUUCUGGCAGGCUUCGUCAACGGACUCUUCCUCAUCUUCACAGCCUUCUUCAUCUUCUCAGAAGGAGUGGAGAGAGCUCUUGAGCCUCCUGACGUUCACCAUGACCGGCUGCUCCCCGUCUCUAUAGCUGGUCUGCUGGUUAACCUGGUCGGGAUCUUUGUGUUCCAGCACGGAGGACACGGGCAUUCACACGGAGAAGAAGGUCACGGUCAUAGCCACUCUUUGUUUAACGGCAGUCUGAAUCACGGACACAGUCACGGUGGACACGAUCAUAAAUCUGUAGACAGACAUGGACAUGGACACGGACAUGAAGGACACGGAGGACAUGGACACAGUCAUGAUAGUCAUGGACACAGUCACGGAGGACACGGACACAGCCAUGGUGGACAUGACGAGCACAGUCUCGACGAGCAGCUGCACACUCCAGGGAAGGGAUCCAGUAAACAGAUCCUGCAGGGCGUCUUGCUGCACAUCAUCGCUGACACUCUGGGCAGCGUGGGUGUGAUCAUCUCGGCCCUCCUGAUGCAGAAAUACGACCUGAUGAUCGCUGACCCUAUCUGCUCCAUGCUAAUCGCCCUGCUCAUCGGAGUCAGUGUGGUGCCAUUACUGCAAGAGUCCAUCGGGAUCCUGAUGCAGAGGACUCCUCCCUCCCUGGACCAAGCCCUCCCAGAGUGUUACCAGAGGGUGCAGCAGCUGCAGGGAGUUUAUAACCUGCAGGAGCCGCACUUCUGGACUCUGUGCACAGACGUUUACAUCGGAACCCUGAAGCUGCUGGUCGCCCCCGAUGCCGACACACGCUGGGUCCUCAGCCAGACACACCAUAUAUUCACACAGGCCGGAGUUCGACAGCUGUAUGUUCAGAUUGAAACAGCCGCCAUGUAGAAGCUCCUCCUCCUCUGAACACCUGGGACCAAUCACCUUCAGUUUGCUGUAGGAGACCUCUGACCUCCUCAGGGUCACUGCAGGUCACACUGAGACUGGAUGAGGGGGCAUUGAGAAAUUGACUGUGAUCUCCCACGAUGCUCCAGCCCAGUGCAUCUUGGAUGAACUCAAACUGCUCCGCCCCCAUUUUAUAACCUCACCUGUCUUUGUCGGUGGGCAGUGUGACCCCCGUCCUACCAGCUGCACUUUGUAGACUGGAGCUAAGCAUUAUGGGUAAGUGCCUUCGCUAUGAAUCAGAGACAAUCUGAGCCUGUUUCCUGUUUGGAUGCCCCUCCCUCCUGUGACAUCACUGAUGGGACCAGACUGAUGAUUGGUCAGUGGUGUGAGUGUGUGAUGUCACCCUGUGUUUUUAUUGUGCCAAACCAUGUGACCAAACCAUGUGAGUGGUCUGAAGGUUUCAGUCUUUUUUCAUCUGUAAUAAAUAAUUCUGUUCCUCUGAGCUGA